AGUUGUAAUGCAUUCUGCUGUCAUAUAUAACAAAUAAGAAUAAAAAUUUAAAAAGAAACAGCAGUAACGCGGCUUUCUAGGGCUACAGCAACCAGGGCAGGACGAGGGACGCCUACACGGUGCUGAUGACAUCACUUCCGGGGCGCCAGUCUCCGGCUUGAUUGUGCCGGAGAGAGGCAGUCUGCCGGUUUUGCUAGGGAAAGGAGACGGGUGCUAGGUACUGAGGUUCGGGAGGGAGGAGGGUGGAAUUGCUAACCUUUCGCCCCACUAUGGUUUCGUGCAACUGGAGAAGAGGUUUCCCCCUUAACUUAGAGCAGCCCCCUACCCUUUUUCUUAGAGCAGAGAGCCCAUUGCCAUCCUAGUCACCCGGUCACUCAGCAGCGUUCUUGCUCUGAAAGGCAAGUACUUUUCACAAUCUGCCCUUCCCGGAUUGAGUUACUGCAAAUCUAUUUCUCUGUCUGGGCCUCAUUCCUUGAGCUGCCCUUUGUGACUAGGUCGCUCAUCUGUAAUCUCUGGAUGUUCUCUGUCAAGUUUCGAUACUAUUCGCUGCCUUUUUAAACCCCUAAUUGUGUCCAUUCGUGUGAUAGGGAAAGGACCUACUUUGCAGUAAGAAAAUACUAGGGUGCUUUAAUGAUGGAUUAUUAAUUUGUGGGAGAAAAACGAGUUGAGAAGAAACUUGUAAUGAUAAACCUGGUGGCAAAAAAAGGAGAUUUAAUUCCUAAGAUUGUAAUUAAGGAUAAAAUAUGUGUUGGGUUGCACUAUUUUAGUUUAGAUAUGUUUCUUUAGAAUGAACUUCAUGAAAAGACUUAUUUCUAAACUACAAGAUUGCAUCUUGAUGGGUGUGCAUAUGUGUGUCUUACAUGAACUUUUGUUUUAAAACCAAAUGAUUAAAUUUUAUUUUGAGAAAUGUUUCCAGGAUAUAGGAUGCAUUUAUUUUUAUCUCUUCUAUUUGCAUUUGUUGUUUGAUAUAAAAAAAGAAACAUUUUAUCUUGGUUUUAACUAUGAAAAAAUAGCAGUUUUUAGAGAAAUAUCCAUGUAAUUAAUAUUAGUUGUUUUGUAAAGAAUAACGAAUAGAUUGGUAAGAAUGGCAUGAAAACAAUAUUACAAGUUGAGUAUCCUUAUCCACUUAUCCAAAAUGCUUGAGAGCAGCAGUGUCUCAAAUUUCAGACUUUUUUUUGUUUUGUUUUUUGGGGUGGGGUGAUGAUUUUGGAAUAUUAGUAUAUAUAUGAGAUAUCUUGGGAAUGGGAUCCUAGUCUAAAAUGAAUUCAAGUAUAUUUCAAAUAUACCUUACUUUAUACUUAUUGCUGGAAGUUAAUUUUUAUAUAAUAUUUUAAUGUACCUGUUUUGACUGAUAUAAUUCAUGGAGUCAGGUGUGAAAUUUUUCACUUCUGUCAUCAUAUCAGUACUCAAAAAAUUUCAGUUUUUGGAGUGUUUCAGAUUUUUAAAUUAGGGAUCCUCAACCUUUAAUAUUACAGAAUGUUUUAUCUGAUUUCUCUUUCCCUCUUGAAAAACCUCAUACUCAUUAAUACUUUUAUUUACAUCGACAGGUUGCUGGGACUUUUAUAAAAUUUUGGUAACUCUUGCAGAGUUUCUUAUAGUUCUAAAAAAGUAUGUAUUGAAAAAUAAGUCACACAUAUUAUUUUAAGUGAGUGGGUUAAUUGCUAAUGUUAAUUCCAAGUAAUGUUUGUUUUUAUAAUUAUUUUCCAGGAAUUAUCUAUAUACUAGUAAUAAUGCUAAUAUUGAAUAAGACAGUGCAAGUUUUUUUUAAACCAUCCAAAAGGAAAGUUGAUGGAUUUUUAAGAAGUUUUAAUUUUCAUCCUGGAACACUAUUUCUUCAUAAAAUAGUAUUGGGUAUUGAAACAAGCUGUGAUGAUACAGCAGCUGCAGUGGUAGAUGAAACUGGAAAUGUGUUGGGAGAAGCAAUACAUUCCCAAACUGAAGUUCAUUUAAAAACAGGUGGGAUUAUUCCUCCAGUAGCUCAACAACUUCAUAGAGAAAACAUUCAACGAAUAGUACAAGAAGCUCUUUGUGCCAGUGGAAUAUGUCCAAGUGAACUCUCAGCGAUUGCAACUACCAUAAAGCCAGGACUUGCUUUAAGCUUAGGAGUAGGCUUAUCAUUUAGUUUACAGCUGGUAGACCAGUUGAAAAAGCCAUUCAUCCCCAUUCAUCAUAUGGAAGCUCACGCACUUACUAUUAGGUUGACCAAUAAAGUAGAGUUUCCAUUUUUAGUUCUUUUGAUUUCUGGAGGUCACUGUCUCUUGGCAUUAGUUCGAGGAGUUUCAGAUUUUCUGCUUCUUGGAAAGUCUUUGGACAUUGCACCAGGUGACAUGCUUGACAAGGUAGCAAGAAGACUCUCUUUAAUCAAACAUCCAGAAUGCUCCACCAUGAGUGGUGGGAAGGCUAUAGAACAUUUGGCCAAACAAGGAAACAGAUUUCAUUUUGAUAUGAAUCCACCCAUGCAGCGUGCUAAAAAUUGUGAUUUUUCUUUUACUGGGCUUCAACAUGUUAUCGAUAAAAUAAUAAUGCAAAAGGAGAAAGAGGAAGGAAUUGAGAAGGGGCAAAUCCUGUCUUCAGCUGCAGACAUUGCUGCUGCAGUACAGCAUACAACUGCAUGCCACAUUGCAAAAAGAACACAUCGUGCUAUUCUGUUUUGCAAGCAGAGAGACUUGCUAUCUCAAAGUAAUGCAGUACUAGUUGUAUCUGGAGGUGUUGCAAGUAACUUGUAUAUACGGAGAGCUCUGGAAAUUGUAACAAAUGCAACACAAUGCACUUUGUUGUGUCCUCCCCCAAGACUAUGCACUGAUAAUGGCAUUAUGAUUGCAUGGAAUGGUAUCGAAAGAUUACGUGCUGGCUUGGGCAUUUUAGACAACAUAGAAGGCAUCCGCUACGAACCAAAAUGUCCUCUUGGAGUAGAUAUAUCAAAAGAAGUUGCAGAAGCUGCCAUCAAAGUACCACGACUUAAAAUGAAGAUUUGAUGUUUGCUUUUCAAAAAAGUCUCCACAGGUAUUUUGUAUUCUGUCACUAAUUUACACACUUCAAACAACUGAGUCAUUUAAUCUGCAUGAAGUAAUGGGAAGAAGAGACACUGCAACUGGAUUUUGAAGAAAACAGAUCCAAGAAAGGGUUGCAUUUUUCCUAUUCCACAAAGUUGUUAUUUAGGUUAACUGGGGGAAUGACUGAAAAUACUACUUACACUGUUUAUCCUAAAUUAAAUUAAAUUUUUGAAUCAAUGGAAA